AUGGCAGCAGGCACACAGAUCAACUCGAGUAAUCAGUCGUUGAGGAUGUCGCGCGGCAACACGCUCAUACGCCGCAUAUCCACACCGACCGGAUCAAACACAUCGACCGUGACGUCGGGCAGCAAGCUCAACCUGCUCGGCAUCAACGACUCGUCCAGCGAGCGCGAGUGGGUGAACUUUGCCCGCAGCUUCUGGUACUACUACCCGUCUCUGCAGCUCAUCAGCGAGUCAUCCAAGUACUGCAAGACGUCGGUCAUACGACUGCUACUCGACUUGCUGCCACGCCACAUACAAGGCCUUGCGCCACACUCGGGACCAAUGGCGGGCGGCUCCAUGUCGUUUGGCGUCGGCUCACCCUCGGCCACCUCGCCAGUGCUCCUUUCAUCGACGGGCAGUGUGGGCCGCGGCGCCGCCAUCUCGCCCAGUCUGAUCAGCGCCAACAACAACGCCAGCCCAACUGGCACUGCCACACCGUCGCUGUCGGCCGUACUGUCGACCGGCUCACAGUCGCAGACCAAGCUGUUCACAUUCGAGUCAUUCCUCUCGAUGAUCACCUGCACCAUCUAUCAGAACGACCUCAAGUACAUGGACCUCAUCGAGAGCACGAUCGAGAUGGUCGUCGCCGACAUUAUCACACAGAUCCUUGGCAACAGUCCAUCGAUUGGCGUCAGCGAGCAACUACUGUCUCGACUGCGCGACCUCGCCUUCUACUACUUCCGACCAAUCGGUCCACGUGCCCUCAACACCACCACCUGGUACACUCUACGUCUAUCCAUCUCUGAUCAAUGGUCUCUAAUACUUGGCCAACUAUCUAGAAUAACUCUAUCACCUGUAUCCAAUGCACUCUCCAGGAUCAUUGGCAACAACCCGACCGAGGAACAGAUACCCAUAUUCAAAGGAAUACGUUGGGUAUCAUUGAAUAUGCAAGAUAAUGACAAGAUAACGGAAGUUGAGAAGCUGUUGGGCCAGAUGCUGUUUUGGAUCGAAGGCAACAAGAAGAACAAUCUGCGAUUGGCACAGCUCGAAUCGCUGGAUGGCAUGCUGUUGUCGAUGAGCGACUUUACCAUGUCGACAGGAAUCGUCGAGAAGAUGAAGGCCGUGUACAAACGCGCCGAGAAGAUGCUGAAACAUGACGAUUUCGAGGAGCGAUCACUUAAGCUCAUGACGACCAUCCUAACUCGCGGCCCCAAUUCGAUCUUUGACGAGGAGUACGAGUCGGUGCUCAAGCGUCUGUGGAAGACGGUGGCAAUCCAGAAGAAGCGCGACUUCUCACUUGAGUGCGUGCUGCGUUUGUUGCAGGGCAAGUUCGUACCGCCACGCAAGAUCACCGGCCUGCAGGCCAACCUGUCGGCCAACUCAGAAUCGCCCGGCCAGUCGAUUGCCGCGCAGCUACAGCAGCGAAUGGAACGCGUGUACGAAAACAGCGGUUCAUACCUCUACGCAGGCCUGGCGCACAACCGCGCCAAGAUGAUACCACGCCUGCAUGACAUCAUCUCGACACUCUACGGCAAGAAGCAGGUAGUGCCAAAGGUGAUCGAAUGCAUCGACUUGCUCACAGCAAUCACCGUCCACUUUGCCGUUCACUCGCUCAAGCUGCUCACAGACACGGUACUGCCGUGUCUGUUCAGCAACCAGUCGCUGCUGUACCACGUCGUGGCACUGCGCACGCUGUCCAUCAUCCUGGACCCAAGUGACGUGUUUUGGAAUACGUCGCCAUCGGCCAAUCCCAAUAUGCGUGCCAUCUCCAACGACAUCAUCUACGUGCGCAAGGAGGAGAUCCAGCUGACACUGGAGACCUUCCUCACCAAGUCGUUCAAGUACUGCGAGGAGCAGUCUGGAGGCGACAACGCGCCAGUUGCACAAGAUCCUCUGGCACUCUCCACCCAGUUCGAGCCAACCAUCUCCCUUUACUCACUCAUCUCUGAUCAAACAGCUGUACAUAAAUUCGAGAGCGAGACUACUGUAGAGGCAAUCAAGAGAUGGUACGAUGUGUGCACAAAGUCAACUGAACAACGCGAGAAGGAGUUUGCCGAUCAGUAUCGCGCAUCGUCCAAUACUUUGGCCAACAAGGUGCUGAUGUGGGAGAACACAAAUGCGCUGCCCGGCGCGCCAGUCGAGCAGUACCCAAUGAAGCGCAAGACACCCAAGCGCAAGAUUGUCAACCCCGAGUUGCUCGAGCUAUUCAAGGAGACCAUCAGAUGCGUUACAUUCAUGCCCAAGUCAUUCAUUGUCAACAGCACACUACACAAGUUGGUGCUACACGAGGAGGAAGAGAUUGCCAUGGCUGCAUCACACGCCAUCCAGGUGGUCAUGUGCGACCAUCCAGAGCUGCGCACCACCCUCGUCCAGGGCUACACAUCACUCAUUCUGCAGUACAUUGGCAAGGAUCACGUUGCCCUGCAGACACUGCUCUCCCAGCUUCUGGGCCUCAUCGAUCUAUGGAAUGAGCGUUCGUUCAUUGAGUCUCGCCACUCGUCGGUGCCCUUGGACAGCUCGUUCUACCCACCCAAGAUGCUGCAGACAGAGAUCGAGGCAAUUGGCUUUGUGCAUCUAACCUCACCCAACCCGCAGACCAGGAUGAUCUCACUGCAGUUGAUCAGAUCGAUCUCAGGUAUCCGAAACACUGAGACUACGGCCACUCAGGUUGCCAGCGUACUGCAUACAAGCUGGCGUACAAUCAUGCAGCGCGCAAGACACCAACUGCUGCUGGACAACUCAUACGGCAUCGACAAGGAUAUCAAACUGGGCCCCAACGACGACCUUCCCACAAUCGAGGAGGUGACGCUCUGUACUCACGACCGUCUAUGGGCAUUCGUGCUCGCAGAGAUUGGCCGCGAGGCAGUUGAACACGACUGCAUCCGCACUCUGUCAAAGACCCGCGGCAUCAUCCUUGGAAUCCUGGCAGCGAUGCCACCCCCACCAACAGAGCAGACUACUGACGAGGCCAAACGCCAUGCCUCAUACACGCUGCGCCACCUCUGGGUCAACUGCCACGCACUGAUGUUCUCCAUCUGUGGUAUCUCUUCAUCAUACCCGCUGCGUCCAACGCCUGGCAGCGACCCCAUCGUCGACGAGAUGAUCAACUUUGAGCACGGCCUUCAGACAAAGGUCACCAACUACUUGCCCAACUUCUGGGCUGGCCUUCUGUCAGACGCCCCCUGGAUCAGAGAGAAGCUCUCAUUCAUCUGUGGUUUGUUGCACUGGCGUUUGCUUCCCUGCUUCAUUGACUCGCUCAACAACUGGUGGACAGCCAACAAGAACAACAAGAAGUUGGCGCGUGUCCGCGUCGACCUCUCCAACAUCUUCCGCAGAAUAUCACAGCAUCGCGAUUUUAGACGCGCGCUCAUGGAGAGCGCCGACCUUAUCCAGGUCUUUGUGCAGUUCAUCAAUCAGAUCGAGCCAAUCUUUGGCGAUGCGACCAAGCUGCCAUCACUGGCGCACUCAUCAUACUUUGCCGACAAUGCCAUGGUUGUCUACAACUUUUGCAACUCGCUAUACACCCCCACGCCAUGCGCGCUCGAGGGUCCUGUGCGCAAGUCACUCAUCUCUAGCAUUCGAUCAAUCCCCUGGACGGUGGGCGAGCGAUACAAGACCUUCCGCACAAUCUUGCAAUGGAGCGGCCACCCGUUGGUGGCCAACGCCCGCAUGCAGCUCGAGGGCCUGGAGCUCAACAAGCGUCUUGCCAAGAAAGACUCGAUUGCACGCGAGGAGGAGCGACUAAAGAUCGACGCCGAACUUACACGUAUCAGAACAUGCUCGCGUCUCGCCGCCGAGGCCAUCCUCAGUCUGGGCACGCUGUUUGAGCAGGGCCUCCUGGUGGAGGUCAUGCCAUGGGUGAUCGACUCGGAGAUCAAGGGCAACAGAAUCCUGCGAUGGGUGCUGUCCUACCACUUUGACGAGUCAUACUUCUUCUUCCUGAACCGCGCCUACACCAGUGUCGACAACAACAACGACGCCAACGAAGCCGUGCUCUUCCUGCACUCAGUCUAUGACCAGUACUUGCCCAUCCCCUCACCAAACCCACCCACUCUAGGCAUCAGCGAGGAUAUUUAUCAGUACUACUACGACAAAGCUCUUGAGGAGCGCGCACAGGAGCAACUGGAGAACGAGCCAGUCACAUCGACUGACCGCAACUUCUCACGUCGUCUCACCGAGAUUGGCUCCACAUUGCUGUUCCUCUCGUGUCUCAACUUGCUGCACCCCACGCUCUUGGCACGCAUCCGUUCAUUCGACCUCAUCGCACGUCUGGCGCCCUGCGCAUUCGGUCUGCUCCUCGAGGAGGACGUGUCCAUCCGCGCCAUCCUCCUCCCCAAGCGUCAAUCAUUCGCCUCACAGAUCACUCCCACGUGCAAGCAGUCAGCCAUCGAAGUGUCAGAGAUCGCGUCACAGGCCUGCGCCGAGUGGACCGAGCGCUUCUUUGAGGAGGCCUUUGCUCGUUACGCCACAAUGUCCAACUCGAACCGCCGUUGGACCGUCCAACUGCUGUUGCCAUGGUGCAGCAACAUCUCGCUGAACAACAACAGCGAGAAUGGACGACUGACUCGCAACACCCCCGGCCGCUUCCUGAUGGCCAUCUUCAAGAUGACCGAGCUACUGCAGCAGUCCAGCGCCAAGAACGACAAUCAGACCGCAGCAGGCGGCCUGUCGUCCAACAAUGAGAUCCUGCCCGAGCUGAUCGAGCUGUGGCUUGCACUGGCACGUCGCGAGACUGGCAACCUGACCACCAUCGUCAACUUUUUAAUCAAGAAGGGCGUGGCGACUCGCGACUCGAUGCGCAUCUGCAAGCUGCUCAUCCUUCACAUCUACCGUCUAAACCCCAACGCCACACUCGAGCCGCUGGUCUUCCCGCUGAGUUACGCUGGUGUCAUCGCCGAGAAGCGUUCAGAGUCCAUCGCUGAGAUGACCGCACAGCAGAGCUCAAACAACUUGUCCAAUGACAUGGAGAAGCGCUCUGCUAAGGCUCAGUCAGCCAAGGUGCGCGAGACCUGUGUCAAGUUCAUCAGCGACCUAAUCAGCGAUAACUUGCGACCAAUCAUCCCGCACCUGCACAUCCUGCUCAACUACUCGCUGCUGCGUAUCGACAGCUCGGUCGAGGGAGAGACGCUGGUCACCAUGGUCAAUGUUCUCCUUUCCGCGCUGCGCAACAGCAUGUACGGCCAGAUGUCGCAGGAGCCUGAGGAGCGUCGUCCACAGUUCCGUUCAGUGCUCAAGUCUAUCGACACGAUCGUCACCAGUCUUCGUCUGCCCACCUUCCAGAUCAAGUUCAACUUCCACGACGGAAAGAAGGAGACCGACAUGUCGUCACUGAACCUCACCGACGGACACUCAUCUCUCACAGGCCGCCGUAACCUCUCUUCGCCACUACCCAUGUCACCAUCAGUCUCAUCUGUCUCGUCUCCCAAGGUCAAGUCACCCCGUGUUGCGGCCUCCGUCCCAGUUGGCUCGCCCGCAGGCUCGACCACGCCUGGCAUAUUGUUGGCAUCAAGCAAGGACGAUGUCAUUGAGCAUCGCAAUGAGAUGAUCAAGUGGUGCAACGGAUACAUCUAUGUCGAGGAGCUGAUCACCGUGCUAUGUAAGUACUGUGAGCUCUUGACACCCGUCACUGUUGAGAAGUGGGAGGCCGAGUCGCUGUUGUGGAUCAAGAACUACAAGGACCCACGCAUAUCAAUCAAGUCAUGCCAGACAUACCGUUCGAUCAUCCACUGCCAGCAGAUGCUGCCAGACACACAGAAGGAAGCACUCAAGAUCACAACACUCAAGCGACAAAAGUCAAGAUGGGCUUCCAGCGUCGAGCAUCUCGUCAGUCUGCUCUACGACUGGACCGAGGGCCUGGACGCCUUUGUCGUCAAGGUCAUGGCGACAGCGCCAGCCGAGGGCAGUAGCAACCGCAGCGGCUUUGGCUCAACAUUCAGUCGCCAGCUUCAGGCGGCAAGCGAUCUUCCCGAGUCCUACAAUAUUACACUGUGCGUCGAGAUUCUCUUGGCACUCAAACAGAUCUCUCAGAGCAAGAACAUCGAUGAGAUUUCAUUGGCAUCGAUCUUUUGGAGCGCAGCCGCAUUCUUACCAGCUGGCCACAGGUACUACGAACCACUGUACGUGGCGGCCAUCGGCGUGCUCAACCUGCUGGUCAUUGAGCAAAAGGUCUUAGACUCGCCCAACUCAUCGGUCUACAUAGAGAUCCUGCGCAAAGCUAAAGAGGUAUCGAUCCCACGUGGAAUCCAGUAUCACCUGUUCAAGGGCAUCCUGAUGCCAUCGACAGAGGAGAUGUCCAGCCCCCUGAUCAUCGCCUUUUUCGGCAUUAGCGACAACAUCCUGGUGGACCCCGCCGGCUCGCCCCUGCGCUACCUGUUGCCAGUCCUCGCUCUUACACCCUGGCUGCACAACAAGAUCCUGACGUCCAAGUCAUCGAUCGUAUACAAGGAGCACAAGAUCAUUGCUGAUCGCGUUGCCAGUGACCUGGCCAGCUUGCUCGCAGACCAGAAGCGCCUGCCCCAGUUUGCAGGGCUGUCCGACGUGUUCAAGAAGUACUCUAGCGGUGGCUUCAACUCGAACCCUGACGACUUCCUCUAUUCAGUGCUCGAGACCAUUCGCUCGGCCUGCAUCCCCGAGUACGCCAACCAAUGCGCUGACCUGAUCGCCAACAUGCUGGACAACUCCCUCGUGCUGACAAACUCGAUCCUCAAGACCGUCAACUGUCUGCUCAAGAACGCUCCAAUCAACGUCAUCCCAAUGUUCAAGAACAUCAUCAAGAUCGCAUGCGACGUCGGUUCAUCGUCGCCAUUCGCCGGCGAGCUCAUUCAUCUCGUCACAUCUGUCAUGAAGACCGAGGUGCUCAACUCGAGCAACCUGCCGCCAAUGCUGACGCCAUUCGACAAGUCACCAUCCGAGAUCAUCAAGAUGGUUGUACCGGCCAAGGUGUCGCACCGCGAGAACAAGAGAGGCAAAGGUCAUCGUCGUAACAAGUCGGGCAUCACCGACCAUCCCUCGCUCAAGGAGCGUGCCGUCCACGAGAAGAAGAACAUCCCUGCCGCCACGCCAAAGUUCUCCAACAUGUUUGGCAGCAAUAACAGUUCAAACUCCUCGACGACCACGACACAGCAGGCAGCACAGCAACAACAGCAACAGCAACACUCACAGCAGCAGCUACAGGAGCCGACGACUGUCACGAACAUGUCGACCUCUUCAAUGACUGAUGACUAUGAGUUUGAAUUUGGCGACGAGGAAGAGUUGCGCGAAGUCAAUGGCAUCAUCCAAGAGUCCAUCACCAUUUCGAUGAAGGACUCGCUGUGGCGCGCCUCUGACGAGUACAACGUGUAUCUGGAUGACAUGGACGAGGAGAACAUCUACAAUGAGGGCUUGGAGGACCUAAAGGAUGGCUUGGAUGGUAUCGACACCAACCUGCUACUCAACAAGCUCAACUCGACACAAUCUCUGCUCAACAUUACGCUCCCCAACAACCUACAGAUGCCAUCAUUAAGCAGUGCCAACCUUGGCAAAUCGAUCCUUUCCAGCAGCAACCUGGCUACCAUCUCCAGGUCACCGAGCAGAUCAAAGGAGAAGCUGGUCGAUGAGCCCACAUCAUCGACUGCCAAGCCAAUCCCACUGGCUGUGCCGUUGGCGACAGUUACCACCGCGCCAACAUCCACCACAAGCAGCCGUCCACUCAACAAGUCCUCACAGCAGGAAACAUCGACGUCUGAGGGCAUUGACAGUCUGCGCGACCUCCUCAUGGUGUCGAGUACGGGCGGCCAGCGAACGUCCGACUCGUACCAGAUCGAUCAAAUCUUGUCCAACCUCAAAGACCUCGAUGACGUCGACCUUGACAAGCUGGAGAAGCUCGACCUCGAUGGUUUGGGCCUCGAGGACUCGUCACCGCUGCACAACACAUCGUUCCUCACCGUGUCAAUGGCGGUCAAGGCUCCGGUCGCACCCGCGCCAGUUGUGCCCGCGCCCCAGCUCACUGGCAUCCGAGCCAUCCUCUCCGAUCCCAAGAAGCGCAGAGCGUUUGUCGACUUUUUGAAGAAACAGCACUUCCAAAAGGCGGUGAACGAUGUAUGCUUUGUCGAAGUGGUCCAGGACUUCAAGACCGAUGUGGCCAGCGAGGGCAGCGAGGAGAUUGGCGGCGAUGGCCUGGUCUAUUUGAUGAAGCACAUUGUCGAAGGAUUUGUGGCGGAGAAUGCCAGACACUCGAUCUCGGUCACUGAGAAGGUGCGCGAGAAUGUCAUCACGGCCUACCAAGACUUUAUCACCAAUGGCAACAUGAUUGAUCCCACCAUCUUUGACGUGGCUUUGGACAUGGUCAUCAAGGCACUCGAGGAGAAGUCCAUCUUGGAUGAGUUCCUCAAGAGUACCAAGUAG